AUGAAGGUUAUCAGCAUCGUCCUCCUCGCCAUCGCCGGCACCGCCGCCGCACAGGCCGACAUGAGCAUGGCCGCCGACAACAUGGGCGACAUGAGCAUGGCAGCCGGCAAAAUGGGUGACAUGAGCAUGGCCGCCGACAACAAGGAAGGUAAGCCCAUGGGCGACAUGAGCAUGGCUGCCGACAACAAGGACGGCAAGCCCAUGUCGACCAAGGCCAUGUGCAACAAGAUGUUCAGGCUCGAGGGCCUGGAGAAGCUGGCUGCCAACCAGACGCUCCUGAACGAGGUCACCAAGAACAACGCCACCAGGGCCGAUGCCAUCAAGGACAAGGCAAAGAAGGCCGAGACCGAGCUCAAGGCGCUCAAGGACAACUCGACUCUGGUGACCGAGUGCGGCAAGAUUGCCAGCUACCGCAAGGAGAAGCGAGACUGCGGCAAGAUGCACCGCCUGGAGCGCCUCGAGAAGAUCGCCGCCAACCAGACGCUCCUGAAUGAGGUCACCAAGAACAACGCCACCAGGGCCGAUGCCCUCAAGAAGAAGGCCGAGGAGAGCAAGGCCGCCCUCGAGACCCUGCAGAAGAACGCGACCCUGACCGCCUUCUGCGCCGGGGAGAAGGACAAGCAGACCUGCCACGGCAUCAAGGGCAUGCAGAAGAUGGUCGAGAACUCCAAGAACCAGACCUUCCUCGACAGCAAGUUCAAGGGCAACCAGACCAAGAUCGACGCUUACAAGAAGAGAGCUACAAAGACCGAGGAGAAGCUCAAGACCCUCGAGUCCAACUCCACCCUCAUGGAUAUUUGCAAGAAGGAGACCCAGAAUGGCAACGGUGGUGGCCGCACCAGCAGCCCCUCCAACGGAGGUGCCUCCCUCCAGGCCUUUGGUGUUUCCACCUCAAUCAUGGCUCUGUUCGCCGCCGGCCUUCUCCUGUUGUAA